UCAUGGGCUCAACUAGUGGUCCUCUCAUUCUAAUCAUCCUCAUAUUUGCAAUUUCAAUACGAAAAGAAUUAGUUGGUGGAGAAAUGAUUUCAAGUGCCAUAAACAAAGCAAUAAUCAAGACCAUUAAGGUUGAUGAAGAUGAGAUCAUCGAUUGUUAUGAUAUCUACAAGCAACCUUCUCUGAAUCAUCCCUCGCUUCAUAAUCAUUCAAUACAGAUGAGACCAAGUAUGAACCCGAAGAAUAUAAAAUUAGAUAAUUUUGAGAUAUUUCAACUUACACAAACUUGGCAUAAGUAUGGAACAUGUCCACGAGGAACUAUCCCUAUACGAAGGAAUAGAAAAGAUUAUCGUUCAAAACUUCCGCGUAAACAUCGACUUUCAAAAAUUUCUCAUUCUAAGACACCUAAUACAUCACAACCAAACGACAUCACGGACGACCAUGAGUACGCGGUAAUUACGGUGCACGGCGGGAGUUUUUUAGGAGGACAAGCAAAAAUAAAUCUUUGGAAUCCAACUGUGGAAACACCAGUUGAGAUAAGUGUAUCUCAAAUUUGGGUUUUGGCCGGUGUCUCUGAGGAUUUUAAUAGUAUUGAAGCUGGAUGGGAAGUGUGUCAACCCAGAUAUGGUGAUUAUCAGACCAGAUUCUUUAUAUUGUGGACUACCGAUGGAUACAAUAAUAGUUGCACCAACCUCGAAUGUGAAGGUUUUGUGCACACGUCCUCGGAUGUCGCCCUUGGUUGCAAUUUCACGGAAAUUUCCACUUUUAGAGGAGACCAAAAAGAUGCCACCUUCAGUAUACGCAAGGACCAAGCUAGUGGUAAUUGGUGGGUACAAAUACAAGAUACUCCCGUCGGAUAUUACCCAAGUUCUCUAUUCACCAAGUUAUCGAAGACAGCGGUAAAAGUAGAGUUUGGUGGAGAAAUAUUUAAUGACAAAUCUAAAGGACGACAUACUACGGCUCAAAUGGGUAGUGGCCAUUUCCCUUCAGAAGGAGGUUUUGGAAUAUCCAGUUAUUUCCAUCAAGUCCAAGUAAUUGAUGAAAAUAAUGAAGCCCAGAAUCCCGAAAAUGUGGAGGUGCAUGUCUCGAAUCCAACUUGUUAUGAUUUGAAAAUCGACGACAAACAUAGCAAAGGUUACGGAUUUUACUAUGGAGGCCCGGGUUAUAAUGAUAAUUGUCAAUAAUAAAGACAAUGUGAACUUACCAAGUGGUUAGUUGUUAGUAAUGGUCACCCCUUAAUAAAUUAUUUCGGCAUGCUCAAUAGUUGUAUUAUGCUAGAAUUACACCAAACAGAUCUGUUGAGGAGCCCUAAAAGAGAUUAUGCUUGAUUAGGUUUUUAGAUUUACUUGAUGGUGAUUAAUCAAAUAAAUGUUAAGUUUGAGGUUGUUAUUA